AUGGCGUGGCGUGAGGAGCUGCGCAGUCGGCAAUUCUGGCGUGCCAUGCUAGCAGAGGUUCUUGGCACCCUGGUGUUAGUGAGCACCUUGCUGGGUUCCUCUCUUCCAGGCCCCGGAGAGGCCCCUGGGGGCCCCUUAUACCCAGCGGUGGCUGUAGGUGUGGUGAUUGUUGCACUGGGACACUGUUUUGGAGAAAUUAGCGGUGCACAGGUGAACCCUUCAGUGACUCUGUCUCUGCUGGCCACUCGGAGGAUAGACGUUCUCAGAGCCCUUCUUUACAUCAUAGCACAGUGUCUGGGGUCCUCUUUAGGUGCUGGGGCCCUCUACCUGGCCCUGCCACUCAAAUCCACUGCAGAGAACUUUGCUAACAGGGUGCCUUUGGAGGUGAAUGCAGGACAGGCUCUGGGGAUAGAAGUUCUGUGCACCUUCCAGAUGGUUUUCACCAUAUUCUCAGUGGAAGACCAGCGACGAAGGGAGAGCACCGAACCUGCAAACCUCGCCAUUGGACUUGCACAUACCGCUGGGGUGCUCAUCGGUGCUCGGUUCUCUGGUGCAUGUAUGAAUCCAGCUCGAGCUCUGGGUCCAGCCAUCAUCACUGGAUUCUGGGAAAAUCACUGGGUGUUCUGGAUAGGACCGGUGCUCGGGGCUGUCCUGGCCGGCGUCUCCCAUGAGUUCUUCUUUGCACCAACUGCCUCCCGUCACAAGCUCGUAGCCUGUCUGACCUGCAAAGAUAUCGAGAUUGUGGAGACAGCGAGCAUGACCGGAUCGUCUCUGUCCACCGUUACGCAGAACGCCAUGAGGGCCAAGCAGGCCAACAAACAGGAAAACAACUGA